CAUGUGUGGAUUACAGAGCAGGCGAAGCAUCGUUCAAACGUGUCGCCCGGUAUGGUCGAUGGUGGGACUUGGCUGCGUGAUUUUGAUGCUAUGGCUGGUACGGGGGUCAAUGAGUAUCUUUGGGUGGGGAUGGCGAGGGCGGUGGGGAUGGCUCUCCAAUAUGAAGCUGUACAAUAUGCUGGUUGGUGGUCUCUGGAGUCCACACACUCAUCGCCUCUUUGCUGGUAGAGAAAAAGGUGGUAUGGCGCCAUGGCGGCCAUUGAGGAAAUGAAUGAUGUUGGGCUAGCAUUUGGCGAAACUAGUGCAUCUCUCAAAGCGACAAAGUGCUAAGCGUUAUAUACGUGUUUCAUGCGAAGAAGAGCUCUCUGACAGCUGCUCGGUACUUCUUAUGCAGUCGUCUGUUACAUUCUCCCAAUUCCUAUUCGGUCAUAGAGUCUGUAUACUGCAAAGUAAAAACGGUCACCUCUGUUUGCACCACUCCUCGUGGGGCCGGUAAACAAUGACGUCACUGUCAGGUCACCUCAACUCCAGCUCGGUGUUUUCCUCUACGCACACCCUCGCAGCACUACAAUAUCGCUAAAUUUAGCGUA